AUGGCUCUCCAUUCUAAAGUUCGGAGGUUUGAUGAGCACGCGGAUGACUUCCUUCGGAAAUGCUCUGCACUUUACCAUCUUUAUCAAGACGUUUACAAGGAUGAGGCCUCCGAGAGAAGGGUUAUGGUUCGCGCGGUUGUCAACAAGUUGCCUGAGAAUCUACGCUUGGAUGUAGAUAUUU